AUGGUGGUUCAGCGCAUUUGGAAUUUUGUGUCAAGGCACAGGAAAAAACUGAUCUUCACCGGCAUCGUGGCUGGUGGCGUUUACUACUAUGUGAAGGUGAAGUUGCCGAAAAUCCAGGCAGAUCUCUUUGAUUCACUGCUGAAGGAACUCACUGAAGGUGCCUCUGCCUCCAAUGGCCAGGUGGAAGAGCAGCAGAGAAGAGUGAGCUUCCAGAAGCAUCAGGAGGUUUCAGACAGCUAUGCGCGCAAAGGUCUGCAGAACUUCCUGGUCAGACUUCAGGGUUGCUUUAAGAUCGACCAGUGCCAGGCCAAGGUCAAGGCAGCAAGUGACAGAGAGCAGAAACUAGCAGCAUUAAAGGAGUUGCAGGUCGAGUGCCUCUCCAUGGUGGCUUCUGCUGCCUACUCUUUGUAUGUCAUUUUGCUGCUCCAUCGGGUGCAGUUCAACAUUGCUGGUCGAGAGGCCAUCUCAAGUAAGACCGGAGAGAUAGCGCAGGAUGGUGCGGAGUCGGCAGCUAUGCAGGAGCUCAUCGCUUCCACGGACUACUUCUUAGAAAAGGGUGCUGCCAUGAUCGUGACAGCCACACGCAGCGCCGUGCAGGCGGCCUCCUUGCAGCCGGACGCUCCGGUCUCAACUGAAUCUUUGACCUCCUUCUUCAAGGAGGUCUUCGAGAAGCUUGAGAAGGAGAUUUGGGCGGACGGCAAGGGCUCAGCGCUCCUCCCACCGGACGCCAACUCCGCGUCUCAGGCCAAGCCUUUGCUGGAUGAAGCUCGGGAUUAUCUGGAAAGCCCGCAGCUCUUGCAGGCGUUGAGAUCGGUGACCUCAGCGGCCGCCGAGCGAUUGCCCUUCGAUCUGGGAAAGGCCACCAACAAGGCUGAAGCGCUCAAGGAGGGAACUGUCCCACUGGCUGCUCUUUUCGGUGGCUGCAUCUCGUUGGCGAAAGAGGUCUUGCAGGACUCAACUUGCACAGAGGCCUUCAUCCAAGCCUUUGCUGAUCAGACCGUGAUCAGCCAAUUUUGCGAAGCGCUCUACUUCCAAGAGACGAAAUGA